AUGGCAACAGUAGAGGUAGUGGACAUGGACGAUGGAGUUCAGCUCCCACCCGGUCUAUCAUUGUUGACAGACUUUAUAACAGAGGAAGAGGAGAGAAUACUUGUGGAUAAUAUUGACAAGUCAGAGUGGAAGACAGAGAUUGCUAGAAGGACACAGCAGUAUGGUUAUCAUUAUUGUUAUAGAUUGAGAGGUGUCGAUGAGUUGGAUGACCAGGGUCAGCCCAUGACCCCACCAAUUCCACAAUACCUCCAGUUCCUUGUCGAUAGACUGGCUGCCACGCCACAGAUACCCGUUGGCAUGGACCAGAUAAUCAUCAAUGAGUAUGAGCCUGGCCAGCAGAUCAAGCCGCACAUCGACUCCACCAAGGACUGGGAUGCCUGUGUCGUCAGUCUAAGUUGUCUAUCUGAUUGGCGAAUGGUAUUCAUACCAGAGGAUGAUGACAAGUCGAAGGAGGUAUCAAUGGUCUUGCCUAAGCGAUCGCUCUUGGUUCUAAAGGGCGACGCGAGGUACAAGUGGAAGCAUGGCAUUCGCUCACAGGUCAAGGUUGGAAGGCGUGUAUCCCUAACAUUCAGACAUUACAUUGGUAGUGGCGGAAAUAGUUAA